CUCGUUCUCGUCAUGUCGCUCUACAACCACCGCGUUGCAUGCCUCAUGCAUUCUGAUCUUCUUGCCUUGGACGCUGCAUGACCUCUCUCUUGUUUGACGGUCAUCCCACGGCCUGAACCUGACCACAUUCACUACCGACUCACCAUCUCCACUCAUCUCGAAAAAUCUUUGUCUUCGACCUACCACCUUCAAACCCCUCCCUCCUCAGUUCACCAUGGUCCGUAAUAUCGUUGUCCUCGGGGGCUCUUCCCAUCCUGCCCUCACCGAGACAAUCUGUGAUGUCUUGGGCAUUCAACAAGGUUCUGCUUUGUUCUCAAAAUUCGCCGUGGGCGAGACUCGUGUCGAAAUCGGCGAGUCCGUCCGCGGCAAGGAUGUCUACAUAAUCCAGUCAGGCGGAGGCAAGGUCAAUGACCAUUUCGUCGAACUUCUCAUCGCCAUCUCAGCCUGCAAGACUGCCUCGGCCAAAAAAGUUACUGCCAUCCUACCCUUGUUCCCAUAUUCUCGGCAAUCGGAUAUCCCCUACAACAAGACCGGCGCCCCACUCAUCAAGGCCUCGAGCCAGUCCACCAAACACGAUCAAGGCUACACCUUCGACAGCACCCCUCCUACCCCCCAUCCAGAAAAGCACGAAAGUCCCGGCCUGGCCAACGGUCACCAACUUCACAAGGCUGCUUCCCGGACUGACCUCGAUGCAGUCGAGAGCAGUCCAGCCCACCAAGCUCGUUUCAGCCAUUAUCGCGAUUCCAGUUCCCAGUCGAGCACAAAGUCGGAAUACUUUGCAGGUGCUGCUCGGAAACGUACCAACUCCACUGCUUCGACAAAUGGCGUCGCCAAUCACGAUUUUGCUGUUCAACAAUCUCCCAAGUUCGAAGCUGCUCCUGAUACCUUCAAACCACGCCCUGGAUACAAGCAGUGGGUCGCUCAAGCCGGUACUCUGGUCGCUGACCUUCUCACCUGUGCCGGUGCCGAUCAUGUCAUCACUAUGGACUUGCACGAUCCACAGUACCAAGGCUUCUUCGACAUUCCCGUCGAUAAUCUCUACGGUCGACCCCUGUUGAAGAAAUACAUCCAGCAACAUAUUCCCGACUAUAGAAAUGGAAUUGUCGUCAGCCCUGAUGCGGGCGGCGCCAAACGAGCCACCGCCAUUGCUGAUUCAUUGGGCAUGGACUUUGCCUUGAUUCACAAAGAACGUCGCCCCACCAAAAUCACUGAUCGCCAGAACGCCACCAUGAUGCUGGUCGGCGAUGUCUCUGGCAAAAUCGCUAUCCUCAUUGAUGAUCUCGCAGAUACCAGCAACACCAUCACUCGCGCCGCUAAAUUGCUCAAGAAAGAAGGGGCAAGCAAAGUCUACGCCCUCGUUACCCAUGGUGUCUUGAGUGGUGAUGCUAUCGAUAGGAUCAACGCCAGUGCGUUGGACAAGGUCAUUGUUACAAACACCGUCGAUCAAUCUGAACAUCGUAAGAGAUGUCCCAAGUUGGAGGUGCUCGAAGUCGGUCACGUGUUUGCUGAGGCUAUCCGACGAGUUCACUACGGAGAGAGCAUUAGCGUCUUGUUCCAGUAUGAUUAGGUGACACCGCUGGGAGAAGACGUUAGCCAAGCCCCUGGAGUUUCUGGUUAGCCGACUUGCUCGAGCUCUAAUGGGUGGAUGUCUGCAUCUUUCUUUAUUACUCCAAGUUGUGGUUCUAUAUUAACUAUGACUGCGCUGCCCCAACCUGUCGCGCCUUGGCUAGAGGAUGACACAAAUUGGAGGACAAAUGGAGCGCUGACGGAGUUGGAAAUGCAGUCUUACUUUUGCUGCAUGUACAUUUUCUGUGCAAGAUAAACCACGCACACAUACCAAAAACACGCAUAAAAUAGAAGCACCUUGAACCAAGUGCUGGAGAGGGCUUCCAUUGGGGUAGCAUCAAGGCGGAAGGAUGGGAGGUUUGACGAGAGUCGCUCUGCUUUGCUUUGCGCUUUCAAGUCAGACAGUGCCGUCCCAAUUCCAAUUGCCAUAGCCGCGAGGCCAGCAGCGACAACACAAGAGAUUUGGGCUUGAUUCGGGUUAGUACUGGUUGUGAUGUUUAUCUCGACAACACCAUGGAUUUUUGGGAUUCUAGAGCUAGAUAGGCCGUGAGCACUGGGUACAGUGAUGAGAAGUUGAAGCUACAGCAAUUUCUCUAGAGAAUAAUAGAUGAUCAAACAA